AGUGAUUUCCCCUGAUUUGCCCAUCACCCGUAUCCGUAAAUUUUUCUUGUACAAUAGGAAAAUGAACAUGAAAAUCCCCACUACCCCUAUCUUUUCGUUCGGAAAAAAAGAUAGAAACGCAAAAUGCCUUGGCGCUCGUCGUUACAGUCCAGUCUGCUGAGGAGUAGAAGUCGCAACUGUAAAUAGCGCUGCCGGGGGGGCAUAGCCAUGCCGAGAGCUAACAGUGCCUCAGAAGCCUCGGGGGAAGCGUCCUCCAGCAGCGGAACAAAGGCACCUCGACGACCAACCGAUCGCCCGCGAAAGGCCAAAAAACCCCAGCCCGAGGGUGAGCAAGCGGGCGAGGAGUCGGCUUCCUCGUCUUCUUCGUACGGUGGAAAGCAGAUGAAGGAAAACGCUCCUACGGCGGCAGUAUUAGGCUCUGUCGCGUUUGGCACAUCUUCAGUCCCGCCCGCCUCGGCGAAAGCAGACGCUAGGAAUCGCCGCAGGAGCAGCGCGUUUGACGCGAGUUCUCAAGAUCUCUCCGCGGCUGUGCGGGGCCGCGGAUCGGUUGCCUUUGGCGGAUCAACGAAUCUUGGAAUGUCGUCUAUUCCGGUCGCACCAAGGAGCCCUCGAGGAGAUGGUUUUGCAGUGCCUAGGACUGUUCAAGAGGUGAACGGCACGCAGGCGCCUAGUCAAGUACCAGCCGCCUCUAGUAGCAUUUCAUCAUCAUCUCAAAAGAUCUCCACUCAGCAAGAUUUUACCGUCACCUCGGUGCGGUUUUCACGAGCGCAGCGAACAAGCCAGCGGCGAGCCUCUACGUCGGACGCUUCAGCAGGGAAGGCGAUCAAAAAAUCGCGGUCCUCGCUGCCAGAUGCGAGCGUCCUCCGGGACCUCGCACGAGAAAAUUCCGCGUCAGCGUCCGAUGCGGCGCGGAACAGCAGUGAGCGAGAACAGGCCGUGCAAAAACCUCCACAGCGCCGGCGCGCUUCCGUCUCGGGCGUGACAGCAACAGAAGGCGCGAAAGCGAAGCCAUUGAGCGCAGCGAUAGAGGAGCUGAAGGAUUAUGCUGUGAUGAGAAAGAGCACCGCUUCCAACCUGGAACAACCGGCGCGCCCGCCGACCCGAGAUAGCGCGAAUAUUCCACCAUCUGCUGUUGUGAGUGACGCAAUCGCAAGUGCGUCGUUUGACCUGGACGGCGACGGAAUGAGUGACACCAUGGAGCAGCCAUCGCUCCUGGCAACCAAAGAUGGCUUUCGCCUGGAUGAUUCGCAGCAAGGGGAAGUAGGCGUGUCAGCUUUGGCUCGUGGUGCUUCCGCGAAUUUAGGUGACGAGUCCGAAGUGACUAUGUCAGAUUCAGUCAACAUGGAGGGCGCACAUCAAAGUGGGCGUGAGGAUCAGGAGACUUCUGACAAGCCGGCUUUCGUAACUACAAGUGUGAGUUUUGGCAACACGGACGAUCCAAACGGAGGCUUUUUGUUGCCAACCUCAAGUAUGAAUUUCGCUGCAGCUCCUCCCGAAGAUGAUGCAGGCGAAUUACCGACAGCAAGCGUCAGCUUCGCUGCCGCGCGAGAUAUUAACGCAGACCUGACACCGACAGAGUCACCCGCUCCGUCGGACGUCGUUGAUGUAGAAAAUGCGGAUAUCACCCUGCCCGAAGAAGAGUCCCCGCAGCCGGACUUUCGCGAGACGCUAACAAGCGCGAAACAGAAAGUCGGAACUGUAAUGGACAUGGGCGAGUUCGUGCAAGACGAGUAUCAACAAGACGAAAGAGAAGUCGCCGAAGCUCCCGUAUUCGUGACAACUGAAAAGAGAACCGAGCAAACCCACGCGGCGUCUAUGCCCGAACAGGAAGAACUUGCGGGCGGUGGAAACAGCGAGCAGCAGCAGGUUGGAAUCGCGAUGGAUAUGGGCGACUUUUUGAAAGACGAGGCUUCGGGGCCGGAGGAGGAGGAAAAUGGAAACCAAAGUCCUGAGUCCAGCAGUGUGUCGUUUGCGUCGCAGUCGGUCGGUUUCGGCCAGACCACGGUUCCGUUCGGGCAAGUGUCGACUCCUCUUCCCCGGGCCCAAGGCACGUCCUUCAGACAAGCCACUGUUUCGGCCGAGGGCACCGGUUUCGCAUCUCAAAGUGCCUCUUUCGGUGCUCAAAGCAGUGCCUUCGGACAGCAGUCAAUCCCGCUCC